AUGAUAUCUAAUAAUAGUAAAGUUUGUGUGAUCGGUGCCGGAGCUGCUGGUCUGUCAGCAGUCAAGUCAUGUCUUGAAGAAGGUCUUCAAGUUGUUUGUUAUGAGAAAACAUCAAAUAUUGGCGGUCUCUGGUAUUAUAGAGAUAAUGUCAUCGAUGGUGUGGGUAAUGUCCAGAAGAAUACAAUAUCCAAUUCAUCCAAAGAGAUUAAUGCCUUUUCCGACUUUCCCUAUCCUAAAGAGUUUCCCAAUUAUUUGCCGCAUAACAAAAUGUAUGAAUACUUUCAAUUAUAUGCUAAUCAUUUCAAUCUAUGGCCAAACAUACACUUUGACCACACGAUUCUUAAAGUGGAUAAAAGUGAUGACUACGAAACAACUCAUAAUAUAAAAAUUGUUGUCAAACAUAACGAUUUAGUUUUUACCAAAACAUUUAAUGGUGUUAUGGUAUGUACGGGUCAUCACACCAUUCCUCAGUUUCCUCAAUUUUCUGGACAACACUUAUUUAAAGGUAAAAUUAUUCACUCGCGAGAUGUUAGGUCUCAAUUAAAUUUGAAGGAAUAUGAAAACAAAACCGCAGUUGUGGUCGGAAUAGGAAACUCCGGGUGUGAUGUGGCUGUUGAGCUCAGUAAUUUAUGCGAUAAGACAUAUAUGGCGCUACGUAGAGGCGGUUGGAUAUUACAUCGUAUGGGUCCUAAUGGCUUACCAAUAGAUUAUCAAAUGUCAACCAGAUUUAAGCGAAAAUUAUCUUCAAUAUUACCAUUUAAUAUCAUCUGUUGGUAUUUUGAGAUAUUUCAAUAUAACUAUCGUUUUAAUCACAGACUUUAUGGUAUUGAACCCGAUUUCAGAUGUUUUUCAGAGAUACCUAUUAUUAGUGAUGUUUUGCCCACAAGAAUCAUUUGUGGCAAAGUUGUUGUUAAGAAAAAUAUUUCUGAAUUUGUCGAAAAUGGAGUCAUAUUUGAAAUGGUUAUGGCAACUGGUUAUCACUAUUUAUUUCCUUUUAUCGACAAAAGUUUAUUAGAUCAUAGGGACGAUAGAUCGCUAAAUUUAUACAAACAAAUGUUUCCAGGACAUUUAUCACAUUGGAGUCUAGCACUUAUAGGUGCUGUUCAACCCAAUAUCGCCACAUUUGCCAUUUUUGAAAUGCAGUCGCGCUGGUAUGCGCUACUCAUGAGUGGCAAAUGUAAAUUUCCGCCAAAUGAUCACAUAAUGGCUAAUAUUAAUAAAGAAAAUCAAACGAGAAAACAGCAAUUUUAUGACUCACCAAAAAAUUCAUUGGCAAUUGACUGGUUAGCCUAUAUGGACGACAUUGCAGACAUAAUUGGUGUCAAACCUAAUAUUAAACAAUAUUUACUGUCCGAUACACAACUGUUUAUAAAAUUAAUUUUUGGUCCCACACUGUCCUAUCAGUAUAGAUUGGUUGGCCCUCAUUCAUGGUCAGGUGCCAGAUAUACUAUAAUGCAAAGCGACUAUAGAGUUAUGUAUGCUCUCAAUCCAAAUUUCAUAAUGGGAUAA